AUGGAAGGAAAUCUAAUCUACGCACUAAUAGUUAGAGACUAGGAAACAAUAUUAUGUGAUUACACCAAAGCAUCUGGAAAUUUUGAACAAAGAAUCAUGGAAGUAGUUGGAAACAUUAAUCCUACAGUGAGAGAAACAUGCUUAUUAGGAAACUUUAAUUUCCACUCAAUUGGUUUACAGAGAUAUUUGUUUGUCUGUAUGGCUGAUAAACAAUACCCUUCCAGGGUGGCUUUUAAAUUUUUAUAGGAGCUUUAAGAUUCAUUUUAUUCGCAUAUUAAUGAAAAUGACAGAGAAAAUGCAAAUGCAUUUGGAUUAAACAAGAAUUUUAGAAAAGUAAUAAAAGAAAAGCUUGAGCACUACAAUACUUUAGAUGCAGAUAAUUUAAUGAAAGUAUAGGCAGCAGUUAGAGAUGUGUAAAAUGUAAUGAUCAAAAAUCUAGAUAGAGUAAUCGACAACAACAUUAAAAUUGAAAUCCUGCAAGAUAAAGCUGUUGCAAUGAAAAUGAAGAGUGAAGAAUUAAAAAAGAAUUCAAGAAAGGUUUACUGUAUUUAGUGUACCAGAAAUUUCAAAAUCACAUUAAUUUUGAUAAUAACUGUGAUAUUGGCUGUAUGGCUGAUCUUUUCAUUAGUAUGCGGAUUUAAUUUCCAUUGCCUUUCUGAUUGA